AUGGAGGCAGCUGCCAGCAUCAUUGCUUUUGUUCAGAUCACAAGUGACAUUGUGAAAUGCAUGAUAAAAGCAAAGCAAAUAUGGGAUCAAUCUAAGGAUCUUCCGGAAGAUAUGCGGGAUCUGACAAGGCGACUACAGCACUACAAAGAGAUAUUCGAAAACAUGCACAGUCAACUAUCCGACAACACCGAUCACCUUUUCUUCCAAGCGCGCAACGAUGCUCUUGUCCUCAAUAGCUUAAAGAUAUCCGAACAAGCCCAGAAAGCGCUCGAAGCCCUUAUCACCGAUUUGAGCGCUCAAUUAAGUGCCAAGAAAGGCUUCAGACGAAAGCUAUUCGCUAUCAAGUCCGCCAUGGGGAAAGACACUAUAGAACGACUCAAAGUGAGGCUACGCGAGUCUUUAGAGCUACUGGAAGCCUCUGAGAGAGCGUAUAAUAUGGCAUUUACGAGACAUGCUCCAGAUUACAUUAUAAACAAAGUCACCACUCAACUGACUGCAUGCAUCAUGAGUUCUCAAAUGAUACAUCAACCAGUCUUGCAGGGUACACCCGAAGCAAAGAACGAAGAACAGUGUACGAGUAUAGAGUCCCUGAAAGUAACACAAUAUACACAUUCAGGCAUCGACAGACCUACUCGACCCAAGACCUUUGCACCUUCGAGUAUUGGGAGAUUUUCUCUAUCCUAUGUCACGAACACAGGGGCAUGGCAAGCCUAUAUACAAUGUCCUAGUUGGCUCUCACAAAGCGUCCUCGAGCUUCAGUCUAACCCAACAUCAUGGAGCUCCAACUACAGUUUUAGGGUCUACAAUAUCGUGUCAUAUGACUCGGACAUCGUUCAGAUGGUUAGGAAGGGAGACAAGAAUGGAGUUUUGCAACUAUUCAGCUCCCGCAAAGCAUCGCCCUUUGACAAAGAUCAGUAUGGAUCUUCAUUACUAUAUCAUGCUGCGUAUAAUGGUAAUUAUGAGAUGUGUCACUUUCUACUCAACGCUGGACUACAAGAAUCGCUCGAAGAAACAGUUGGAAAAGAAAAAAAUUCACCAUUAUCCGCACUGGUGUACCAGUCAGAGAAGAAGCUCAAAACACAAACAGAAGACGUGUGGGGGAAAAUAUCCGAGCUUUUUAAUUCAUAUCUUGAUGAACCUGAGAGCACCAUGAUAGUGCGGCUUUUUGACUUCAUUCAAGAAUGGGCGUAUGGGGACGAAUAUGUGUUUGUCUUCCAGCGGAGGGUCCUCAAGAAAUUCUAUACUGGCCCGAUUGACAAUCGUUUGGAAGCCUUCCGUCUGGGAUCCUUUCAUCUGAAAACCCCGCGGGCUCUAUUGAAUAUUCUCUCUGAAAGCAAGGAGGUGACGGCAUCAGAUGUAGACCUGUCGAGUCGCAAGGGGAUGUCGCUCGUUCAUUCAUCAGCAAUAGCUUUGGGAAUACGUUUUGCUGAUGAAGUUCUUCCCUACAAGAGAGUAUGGUGCCAAUGGAGUGUUUACAGCGAUGCGUGGAGUGACGUGGUAACUGAAGUGGCAUCAGUUGCAACACAAGAUGACCUUCAUCACAUUGAAACUGUGAGCCCAUGGGACGUGUAUCAUGUCCCGAGCUGGCAAGGAACACCACUUAUCUCUCUGCUUGGAGGCGCACUUUGUUACAUCUCACCCGACAUCUCGUUCUUACACUGGGACUCGGUAUUUCAGGGAACUAUCCGGCGGUGGGUAGAGGACCUUGAAGCGGGAGGUGUUGAUUUGCUUGAAUAUGGACGGCGGGAGGCGGUAAUUCUCAAAGAGCAGAUGCGUGGUGCUUUCGAUGCAGACGCUAUUGAAACGUCGAAGCAUCAGAUUAGGAACCCCAUGGCAGGCUCUGCUGAAACAUCCAGAGUGGUUAAUUGCAAAGAGGGAGGAUGGAACCAGACCCAUUGGGUUCCUGUUCGGUUGUUAGAUUUGGAGUUUGGAUCGAAGCCGGAAGAUUGGAGAAUUACAUGGGCACCUGAGUUUGAAUGGAUGGCAUUCCAGUUUUGGAAACUGAUUGAGAGAGAGGAUCAUAUAAUGCCUGGGUCUUGGAUUGAUUAA